AUGGCGGAGAACUAUCGAUGUUCCAAGACCGAGAGACAUAUCCCCCCGUGCGAAGGCAUGGAUCUGGUGGGGACGGCUCGGUACAUGAGCAUCAAUGCACACCUCCGAAAGCAGCAGUCACGACGAGACGACCUUGAAUCCAUAUUCUACGUGCUCUUCUACCUCAUGAGGGGAGGCCUGCCAUGGCAAGGCUUAAAGGCGCCUACCAAGGAAGACAGACUCGACAAAAUUCUUGAAAUCAAGCAACAAAGGUCGGCCGAUAGCUUGUGUGGUACCCAGUCCACGAUGUUCGUCAAAUGCCUUGAGUACGUACGCGAACUGGGAUUCGAACAAGACCCGGAUUACGAUUACCUCAAAUGCUGUCUCACCAAAGCUUUGGAGAUGAAUGGAGAGGCCGAGGACGACAGGUACGACUGGGAUACAUGCUCCUUCCCUGCUUCUCCGUUGAUUUCUCCCUCUUCUUCUCAGACUUCAGAUUGCCCCAAGAGCGGGAGAAUUCACUAUAAUGCAAAGGCGCAAGCAACACUUAACGAGAUAUCCCAGUUCGUGGGUCACUCUAUCCGUCAACUCAGGCGUCAUCAAAGGGAAGUAAAGAGGGAUUUGAGUGUGGGGAAACUAGGCGUCACCAGCCACAACAACCUAAAUAUUGGCUGCGACAGGCUUGAGAGUGCUCUGAAGUCUUACGACAAACUGUUGCGAGCCCUUGAAUAUGUGGCAGUGCUUUCAGAGAAAGCCAGUUGGGAAUUCCUUCGCAAGGCAAGCAGUGACGACGUUGUGGGCUUAAAGACAGAGUUGAAUGGGGUUGAAAGCCUGGUCGAGGACUGUCUAAAAUUGGUGGAACAGACCGACAAUGCGACUAUCAGUAUCAGUAGAACGUCUUUUGCAACAAGUCAAGACUCAGAACUGCCCUUGGAGGUCGAUGAGAUCUAUGCUCAUCCUGGGGAUGAGACUCACCAGCAGACCAGUACGACUUUUGAGAGUCGAGGAGGGAAAGGAUCAAGAAAUGAAGAAAGUCAAAGACCGGAUACAACUCAGGACAAGUCUCACGCCCAGAAACGGGGCCAUACGACUCUCAGCCCUGGACCGCGGCCGCAUAAACGACCAUCUUAUGAAAGUCUUUCUAGUCGGGCAGAUGACAGAUGGCCACAUGGAGAUGGGGGUUAG